UUCGCUGCACCAACUAGGACCUCCCCUCACGAUCCGACCAAACUUAUCACGAAUGUCUUGCGACUGUGGACUUCCAAGUUUACCGACCAACAGACUUGAUCACAAUUCCACAUCGUUACCCCGCGGCUCACAAACUUUUCUUGUGGAGGGCCGCCGAUUCAUGAUUCCGAAAGCUCUAGUGGCUCAAAAUGGCGAUAUUAUUCUCGAAAUCGGUGCAGCUGGAGGACCUGAAGAGGCCAUCACGUUGGAUGAUCAUUCCGGAGCCUUUGAGGAUUUUGUGGAUGUUCUGAUGAAUCCUCUCAGAUCUUGCCUGCUACAGCCUUCUCCCCCGUUGGGGAAAAUCCUGAACGUUCUUCAAAUCUCACACAAGUACGGUUGCGAAGUCGUCGAGGAUACUGCACGGUCCCUGGCAGUUCGGAUGACUACCAAAGAGGAGAUAAAAUCGCACAUCGGACCCUUCCUACCAGCAGUGAAUGUUUACCGCAUCGGAGUGAAGGUCUUCGAACCAUCAAUCUACCGAAACGCAUGGGAAUUGAUUCUUGAAUCAUUCCGGGAGCACAGAAUGACGGCGCGCGAUCUCAUUAACGAGGGUCGUCACUCCGGCUUGGAUGAAUUAUUGGCAUCUGCUCUCUAUGAGGUAAUGAUUUUGGGACGAGAGAGGUGGGACAGAGAAGGUCUAAGCUCUAAAGCACGCCAGGCUCUCACAAGGGCCAUGUUAAGCUGCACCGAAGAUUGGGACGCUUUUGUGCUCCGAUUAGCUUCAGGAAAUCUCGAAGACCCCCGCCAACAGUUACGAUGGCGAGAUCGGACUUCGGCGUCCUUUAUACACCCAACACCCGGAAAUGAACCCAUUACUCAGACUUCAUCCCGUUGCAGCAGCCACAACCGCCGUCCAUAUAGAACCGACCUCGCGAGAAUUUCCCAAAUCCAUGCGUUCUACAAAGUUCCUACCUAUGAUAUCAUUGGAAGGUUAUCAAGGAUCACGGACGAGGAUUCGAAUGUCCCGUUUGCGCGUUGUUCAGAACAUUGUUCAUCACAUAACUGCCAGUCUCGCCACUGUUCGGAUUGCUGGAAGACUGUUGUAUUUCACGCGUACGAAACAAAAGCUUUCAUAGAGUCGCAUCUGCCAUUCUGCUUUUUUGAGGAACAACACCAGAGGCCCGGUUUGGAGAUGGACGGACCGGACACAAUGGACGAUCCUGAUCUGUAAUACCCAUGUGCUCGUCUAUACUGUGCCAUUAGAGUAAUAUAAC